AUGGCGACGAGAACCGUGGAUCAGCUUCCGCAUUGUGCCCUUUGCGGAGGGAAAUUCAGGAACCAUCAUGGCGUGCAUCCGCCCCCAGGUCCCCUGCACUGGACUACACUCGCCCGAUCAGUUCACGGGCCAGAUGGGAGUAACGAAGAUACUGUGCCACAGAUAACGGGCCUCGGCUACUUUACUCAACAUCGUGUCGCAGCUCGCCUGGACUAUGACGUUGGUUAUGCUGAUGCUUCAGGCGAAGGUGAAGUUCAGCUGCAAGACUUACUGUUUCGCAUCGACAAUGUGAGAAAUUUCAGCAUUCACGAGUUCUGUUGGCAAUUUCUUCUACGCCGAAUCAAGACAGAACGCGGCUCUGAACCAGAUCCCAGACGGGUUGGUUGCCUGCUUUUCCACGUGUUACAUUCCCUCCCAUGGGCGAGGAAUGGGGCUUUAGUGCCGGAUCACGGAUACUUCGGUGCCCUCAACCUACUGCAAACCGUCGAAGGUACAGCGGAUUUGACGGCUGACCCAGAUCAGCCGAUGCCAGUACUAGAAGUCGGCAGAAGCUCGAUAGAGCUUGGUGAAGGCUUCGUCUCGCCCAAUAUGCUCCAGCAAGCCAAUACAUCAUCGAAUUGUGGUAUUUUUGAAAACUUUCCAGACGAGUUAAUCGCCCAGAUCUUUACUUUGCUUCCAUCCAAAGAUGUGUGCUCUCUCAGACUUUCCUGCCCACGUCUGGCUGCUCUCGCUGCCCCGAGCAAUCUCCCUCAAAAAUUCUGGGCCUCUCGUUUUCUUCCUGAUCGAGAGAUGGGGUUCCUUUCUCUCCCUGCAAACUCUUCAGGUAUACGCCAUCGAAACUGGAUGGAAGCAUACCACCAAUGUAAAUCAAGCAUCGAGGAUGAAUCCACUGUCAAAGCCUUCCAGAAUCGCCGCCGAAUUUGGCACUGCCUCGAGGACUUUUCCACCAUUCUCAGCGCCUUAUUGGAUGUCGAUCUCUCCCCUUGGGAGAUUUUGAAUCAGAUUUCGCCUUUCUGCCAUCUGGGGAAACGAGUAUCAUGCCCUGAGCUCCCUGACCAUUUCAACCCGCUGGAACCCUUUGGCCAGCACAUCGCGCUUGGUACUCGGCUUCGAAAUGAGUUUGUCGUCUUCUUGGAGAAUGAAAGUCAUUCUGAUUCAACUUUGAUAGAGAUCUCUUCCAUCUCCCUUGUACGUGGUAAAUACAUUUCGGGUAUUCGGGUCUCUGUCCAAUCCGCAGAUGGUCAAUCGAGCGUUACUGGCCAGUGUGGUUCGAUCGGCUCAUCAAAUCUGACUUCAAUUACUAUCGAACCCGGAGAUGCAAUCUCGAGUAUCGAUGUCUUUCUUUCCGCCUCUGGUAUCCAUUGUUUGAAGUUCGUCAUCACCAGACAUGAUGGCCAAACCUGCGUACACAGCGCCGGAAACGCGAGAUAUUCUGCUGGUUUAGUCGCCACGACAAACUUGGUCCCGCAAUCCGCGAUCAUCGGGUUCGUUGUUGGAUUUGAUAUUUACAAAGCCGUCUCGAUCCAGCUCAUCGAAGAAGCCUAUAUCCCACGGUCCAACUCCAAAAGCCCUGUACUUUGGAGCCCCCAAACCCCAUCCAAGCUGGGACCAGAGAAGUCCGGCCAACCUUCGUUGCCACCAUCAUUCACCAUUAAUCUCCACAUUCCCUUGGGUGGAUCAGAUGGUUCGAGGCUGUCCUCUCUGCGUUCUGUCACGGCUUACUUCCAUGGGCGAAUGGGCAUAUAUGGCCUUGAACUCGCAUAUGUGGAAGGAGACUCAGUGCUAUACGGCACUAAAGAAACCAAAGGGCCAAAGGGAAAUUCUAUAAGUUGUGUCGCCCAGACUUUUGUCAUAGAUGGGCCGAAUUCGGAGAGAAUUAUGCUGCUCUCUCAGGGUUCUUUGCUGGGAAACACACCUGUCGUAGGCAACAUUCAGGUUUGGACCAACUUUGGAAGAAAUUAUACUUUUGGCGCGUUUAACGGCCCCUCAAUCAGAUAUGGGGAGGUUAUGCAAGGCCGAGGUCCCAUUCAGUCCUUAAUGGUCGAGGUCCAGCUGGCCAUAACUAACUCCGAUGCAAAUCAGUCUCCCGAAUGGCGCUUUAUGCGAAUCUCAACGGAGCAUUUUGAACAGCCCUACACAUCAGCGAAUGUUGUCAUCAGACCGGGAAGUAGCCUACCUGCUACACCGGCCAUGGUUCAUGCUUGUUCAUGGAUGCAACAGAGAGAAGGCUGUUGCUGUACCACAGCGUCUCUAAAAUGGAUUCGCCGUAUCCGCAUCUCUAUGGGCACCGACACUGGAAGCUCCCGUUCCAAGAAUCAUAUAAGCGGCCUGUGGAUUGAGUACGAGGGCGAUAGAAGCGACGUGGUUGUCGGCCAGUGGAUGGAGGAGAGAACAUGCUUUCAGCUCAACCCAGGCGAGAGAAUUCUUGAAGUGGCCGUCUGGAAUACAAUGGACCGCUUCGGAAAAGUUGUUGGCAUUGCGUUUACAACGACUCAGAAUAAGUUCGAAUUGCGCCUGCCGCAGCACACAGGAGUUCCGCAAACGUAUCUGCGAUACAAUUCAACAAUUUUUGAAGAUUUAGACUCGAUUACGUGGGUGUUUUGCGAGUCCAUGGAUGAUAUCCAAGUUCGGAUGAAGGCCAGUUCGUUGCUGUCAAUUAAAAUGCUUGUCAUGGCACAUUCAACUCGCAUCGAGCGCCCAUUGGAUCUGGCUGAAGGCAUUACGCGACUUUAUCUCUAUCCCCCCAACCCGACAUUCGAUCCUACUGUAGCUCACCACGUUGAGGCAGCCAUGAGACAUGAGUUUAUUCGUGAAACCUUCUUCUUCCAGAAUGCGGACGAAAACAGAAGUCUCUCGGCAGUAAAGAGAAUCGAUAUAUCUUCAAAUCGACAUGGAGCAUGGACUGGACUCUCUUUUCAUUACUAUAACAGGCGAUCAACUCGCCAAGGCAUAUCCAACGCUCACCUGUGUUCACUCCAGUUAGAUCGCUCCAGAGGCGAGAAAUUCUCCCUCCUCAUGGUUUUCAGCAUGUUAGGUCAUGGGAAAGGUCUCGGGAUUCAAACAACUCUAGGCCGGACGGCCAGGGCUGUACCUCGCAAUAUACCUAUCGUGUCUGUUGCAAUCUUUGCGCUUCUGCCUAUUGUGCAACUUCCGAGCGCAGAGUCGUUAGGAUGUAGGCAAGAUCAAGUCCAGUAUCAUACGUUUCCAGAUGUUGGACCAGGUAACUAUAUCACGGAUAAGUGUGCGGGAAUAUGGGUGGUAUCUCGUUCCCACCGCUCGGCGUCUGAAAUUGAGGAUGUAGGUCCGAUAUACAUGUAA